AGCAAAACAUACCAAAAACCAUUUCCACUCAGUGCUUUCACAGAUCCCCACACAGCAUCCUGUGGUUGAGACGGGGGGAGUAUAUCGUGGGGGGUCGACCGUCUCCGCGUUACAACUCAUUACUAAACUCCUUUCGAAUUCAAAAUUAACCUAAUAAAAACGUAUCGUUAGUUUUUUUCUUUUUUAAGAAGAUGUGUGACAAUAUAGACAUGUACAUAAACAUUUAGAUAUCGCUGUCGACGAGCAAUUAAUUUUGAAAAUCCAUUCCGAGGAGUAGAGGUCCGCACUCGAAAAAUAAUUCAUAUAAAUUUGUGCAAUUAAACCAAGACCCGAGUCUCCUUUCUAGCAUAUACCCAACAUGUUGAUUUAAGAAUAAAUCAGUAAAACUGGUUGUAAGUUGGGAUGGAUAAUCAACGAGGAGUAACUAGAAAAAAAAAUUAUAUGAGCCUUCUUAUGGAACACUAAUUUUUCGUUUUUGUUUUUGUCUUGGAGCUGAUUGUACGACCUGGCCGGCUCCAGAAUCAGCAUCAACAACAACUGCCACGCGACCAAAUCCAAAGCCCUUCACAGCGAGCCGACCACAAUGAUGGAUCCAUUAUUUAAUCCACUCAUCAAUAAUCAUCACCAAACACGUUAUCGAAAAUUCAAUCCGGGGCGGCGGGGCGAGGUCGAGCUGGAAAAGGCAGCGAAUAAAAUCGGCAGCGACCGGCGACAGCCAGCAGGAUACAGAGAGAGUAGGAGGGGGAAGAAAAGAUCUGUUUCUUUUUUCUUUUUGUUAAAGAAACCGGAGCUCGCCAUCCAUCAUCGCCGCCAGCUAGGGAGUCCUGAGUCCUCCUCUCUCUUUGCCUCCUUCCUCGCCGCCGUCCCCAGCUAAGCUCAGGUCUCUUCCUUCUCCUCCCUCUCUCCGGGACUCUCCGAGCCCCCCACGCCCCGCCGCACGCCUCCGUCCGAUCCUCCCUUCCCCGUCGCCGCCGCGCUCAGCUGAUUUGAGGUCUCACUGACUCGAUCGAUUCUUUUUCUUCGUCUGGUUGCUCCGGACAUCUCUGCCGAAUGCCAAUGUCGUCUUAGGGGCUGCCCUUGAGGGUGAGAAGAAGUAAGCAAAAGGAGAAUUCGAUCGGCAGGUCAUCAUGCGUCGGUGGUUCUGCUGUGCUCACGUCGACACACCAUACCACGAACAUGGGGACGGGUUUGUCAACAGUCCUGAAAAGGCAAAUGGUAAUGGUUUUACUCCAGAUGGUGAUCAUGGGAAAACACCUCUACCCAUUGAAGUACCUGAAUUAUCAUUUGCCGAACUGAAAGAAAAGACGGACGAUUUUGGGUCUAAAGCUUUGGUUGGUGAAGGUUCGUAUGGAAGAGUAUAUUAUGCUGUACUAGAGAAUGGGAAACAUGUGGCCGUGAAAAAGCUAGAUACUUCAGCAGACCCUGAGCCUGACAAUGAAUUUAUAGCACAGGUCUCCGUUAUCUCAAGACUAAAACAUGAUAAUUUUGUGGACAUGCUUGGGUACUGCCUGGAGGGAGAUCAACGCUUAUUGGCCUAUGAAUUUGCCACGAUGGGCUCUCUACAUGAUAUUUUGCAUGGAAGAAAAGGUGUUGCAGGUGCACAGCCUGGCCCAGCUCUUGACUGGAUGCAAAGGAUCAAAAUUGUUGUUGAUGCUGCAAAGGGGCUUGAGUAUCUUCAUGAGAAGGUCCAGCCUUCUGUAGUGCAUCGAGACAUACGGUCUAGCAAUGUUCUUUUAUUUGAAGACUACAAAGCUAAAAUUGCAGACUUCAAUCUUUCAAAUCAAUCUCCAGAUAUGGCUGCUCGUCUACAUUCUACGCGUGUCCUUGGAACCUUUGGAUACCAUGCUCCUGAGUAUGCCAUGACUGGCCAGCUGACUCAAAAAAGUGAUGUAUAUAGCUUUGGGGUUGUUCUCUUGGAGCUCCUAACUGGAAGGAAACCGGUAGAUCAUACAAUGCCAAGGGGCCAGCAGAGUCUUGUUACAUGGGCAACCCCAAGACUUGGUGAGGACAAGGUGACACAAUGUGUUGAUCCAAGAUUAAAUGGAGAGUACCCACCAAAAGGAGUUGCCAAGCUCGCGGCAGUGGCGGCUCUCUGCGUGCAAUACGAAUCGGAGUUCAGACCCAGCAUGAGCAUCGUAGUCAAGGCAUUGUCCCCCCUCCUUGUAAAUAAACCACAGCAGCAGCAACCUACACCUCUGGAUGCCUAAACAAACGACCGCAACGGGAGACUCAUGUGUAAAGGAAAUGGCGAGACGGUUAAUUCAUUUAUCUCCUGUCCUUCUACAUUCCUGUCCUUGUGUUUCCAGUUUUUUUGUCUGUUCUGUUCUUCAGGCAGCACUUGUGGCAUCCUUUCACCUUGUAAUUGGAUUGUUCAUACUUGGCUCUCAGCUGUUAAUAAUAGUACCUUCUUCAUUCUUUGA